AGGAUUUGCCGCCAUUUUUCUAUUUCUCUCAAAUAUCUCGACCACACCCAAACCAUUUUAUGUUCUGAUUUAUUCCCAAUCAACUCCUACGUAUUUAGACAAUCAAUUUGUGUUAAUUCUUGCCAUAUUCCGUGCCGACAUCACUAGUAAGUUUGCCAUUCAGCGAUAAGUUCCAGCGCAGAACAGACAGGCAGACAGGCAACGCUCCUUUUCUUAGUAUUUUGUGUUUGAUUUUGGCGGGAAACAUUUUUGGAGAAUCAUGAGUGGACGCGGGAAAGGAGCUAAGGCGAAAUCAACCAAGUCAGUCACCCGCAGCUCCAGGGCUGGUCUGCAGUUCCCCGUCGGUAGAGUUCAUCGGUAUCUCAAAAAAGGCCAGUAUGCUACACGGAUCGGUGGAGGUGCAGCCGUGUACCUCGCUGCAAUCCUGGAGUAUCUCUCAGCUGAAAUCCUGGAGCUUGCCGGGAAUGCAGCCCGGGACAAUAAGAAAUCCCGAAUAAUCCCGAGACAUCUUCAGUUGGCCAUCCGAAAUGACGAAGAACUAAACAAACUCCUGAAUAAUGUCACUAUCGCAUCGGGUGGUGUGAUGCCCAACAUUCAAACGGUCCUCCUUCCAAAGAAGAGCGGUAAGGCAGCAAAGCAGACUGGACAGAGUAUGGAGUACUAGCUGCCUUGAUCGUCACACUUUCUGCACCCUCUCGGCACCACAUCGGCACCCGCUCGUCACCUCCACAUGUCCUUGCCUCCCCUCGUCACCCCUCGGCACCCCUCGGCACCCAUUCGCCACUUUCUCAUCACCCUCUCGGCACCCUCUCGCCACCCCUCGGCACCCCUCGUCACCCCUCGUCACCCCUCGGCACCCAUUCGCCACUUUCUCAUCACCCUCUCAUCAUCCUCUCGGCACCCUCUCGGCACCCUCUCGGCACCCUUUCGUCACACUUACGCCUUCUUCUCGACACUCACAGGACGCGCUCCUCGAACGCCGAGCAUCUCGUUGUUUCGGUCCGCGGUGCCCCACACCUAUCACUGC